CGUCAGUCGCGCCUCGCAAGUCGGCCGCCACAGGUGGUGUCGUAGUAGGUGGUGCGGGACAGAGAGCCGCCGUCGAACUGGUUUCUUCGCAUCGUCCACAGCGUGGCGAGACGUGCGAGCAACCGAGAUUCCCGACUACGAUAAACGAAGUUUCCGAGGCGAAAAAAAGAAGCGUGUGUGUUUUCCCCCCGUGCCUCCGACCGAGAAGACGACAACCCCAAGAGUCGCCCGCAGAGUUUCGAGAAGAAAGCUAGGCUCCCGCUAUCGAAGAUCGAUUUGGGGAGGAUACUCUCCACACGACACCCGAGGGUGCGCCGUGUACCUCGAGGAAAGUGCAGAAAGCUAAUGAGCCAUGCUUCGACGCCGGCGAUUCCCAGACAGCGCAAUCCCAGUUUCACCCAGAUAGGCAGCACCGGUGCCGCUGAAAAAAAAAAAGACGUCGUCCCGUCUCCCAAAACGGUGUAUACAUCCUAUUUCUCAGCGGCCGCACUUUCGUUUCCUCGUGUGUAUGAUACAGAAGAAACACGUCGGUUCGACUUGUCGUUCCGCUACGCCUGUGUGUUUUCCGUGUGCCUUGUUUGAGCUUACUGCGGUGUAAUUACCGUUGUGUUGCCACUUUCGGUUCGUACCGGAACCUGUGCUUGUUUCUACAUCUUCGUGUGGUCGCCUACUCCAGUGUGGCCCGCCGUUAGUUCGCGCUUGUGAGGCAUUGUUUUGAUCUACCGGUGGGUUUGUGUUCGCAGCCGUAUGUGGCCCAGCUCUGGCUGAAUAAGGACUAUUUGUGUCCUCGACGAAAAAAGUUUGUGCAACUUGACCACUGAGCAGAAGUCAUGGAGCGAGCUACGUCGACUGUCACCUCCGUCCUUCUCGUCGCCCUGUGCUUCGUAAUGGUCCGGAGCCAGACCAAGCAGGAGGAAGUCGCUGAAUUCUCGCCAACAGUGACCGCAAACUGCGACAAGGGCUUCAUGACCAUCUCGGUGCUGACCGAGGAGCCCUUCAACGGCAUCCUGCACACCAGGGACACCAGCGACCCCCGGGGCAUCGUCAAGGAGCUGCGGCGGAGCCCCUGCAUCGCCUACGGCACGGGGGGACGCAACACGUCGCUAAGGAUCUCCCUGUUCCCGACACAAGACGACGCGCUCUACUGCGGAGUCAGGAGAAAGCAAGGCACAGAGGAGCGUUCAGUUGCCAUCUCCAUUCGUGUGCACAAGGCCCUGGAGCUCUCAGAUGACAAAUCUUACGUCAUCACAUGCGGCAAGAACAACUUCAGAAAUGCCAGGAACGAGCUGUACAGGGUUUCCCUCGGAUUCCUGGAGGAACAGAAGCGAGUGCACGAGCUUGUGAUGGGACACCACUACACGCUAAGGGCGAGUGCGCACGGCCCAGGCGAAACUGGUGGCAUUGUCGUCAGGUCGUGCUUCAGUUUUGCAUCCAAUACCAGCGAAGAGGAGCUCAUCGAUGCCAACGGGUGUCCCAAAACCACAUUCCUGUCGGCAUUCAAGUACAACGAGACGUCAGACACGGCAGACGCAACGGUGUCGUCGACAUUCCGGUUUCCGGGAAGCAACAAAAUCAACAUCCAGUGUGACAUCGUUCUCUGCCAGUCAUCUCUAUGUCCAGUGUCCAGUUGUGGGACGUCACCGGAUGGUGGAGGUAUCAAGUCGCUCCCUCAAAUCAAAGAGAGUGAUUCUGCUGUGCAGUUGAUGGCAUCGACAUCUGUCUUUGUGGUGGAGCCUGGAGAGAGCUCAAUGUCAGCACCCUUGCGGGAGUGCACGGAGUGGCGCUUCCCAUGGCUCAUCGGCCUCUGCAUCUGCCUGGCCAUCCUGCUGCUCGUCAUGCUCAUUGUCAACAUCUUCCUCUGCUCCUCGUUAACCUGCACAUGCACGAAGACAGAGGUCGAAGAGAAGGAACCAUCCGAGAUGGAGGACUACGACCCCUACAAGGGAAGCUGGGUGCCGAGCUCCCAGUACGGAUCGCGGACGUCGCUCAACAAACCGGGUUAUACCUCGGGCGGCUCCACCCUUAACUCCGCCCGGUCAGUGAGCAACGGGAGCGACCACUACACGAUCGUCCACUCCAGGCCCAACAGCCGCUACUCGCACCACUCCAGCAAAGAGCCGCUCCACCGGAACGGUCCGGGAUCGCAUCUCUCCAACGGACACUACAACUCCAGGAUAUGAUCGCCCCCUUCCGUUGGACAAUGCAAAAUGACUGACGUGUGCAUUUUUAUUGUGCUUCCGAGUGAAUCUUGUUUAGUUUUUUAAUACUAUUAGCUUUUUUUUUAAAGAGUUGACACGAUUGUGGACAGCUACUGUAUGUGUGGCAGCUCGUGAAAUCGCUACUUGCGACUGCUUCAAUGUGAAAUGCUAUAUUACUUAAUGACUAAUGAUGCAGGCUUUACACAGACAGUCUUGGUAAGAGCCAGAUAUUUUUCAUUCCCGUGUUCUGCGCCUUCAACUACGUUCUUGGAUGAACAUCUAGAAAGCCAAAAACUAAACUCUGUGCCUUGUUAUACUUUACGCAUUUGCCUUGCAAAUACAAAUCAGAAUGUGCAGCGCUCUGUAGCAAGGAAAAGCUGCUUUGUCUCCUUGUUAUGAAUGUUGUUAACUUUUUUCUAUAUUAUAAGAUGCUCUUGACACUACUUUUCAAGACAUAAAUAGAGCAAAAUAAUAAGUGAAAAAUUCAAAAGUAAUCGAGAUCACUUUCUUGGGCCACAGGGUAAUCCACCUAUAAACACUUUCACACUGUUAAAAUAUUCAUUGGCAAACGUUGCCAAGCGGAAUUGCCUCCGAGAUAUUAAUUCCAGCAUGGCGAUCAGUACACCAUGUUACGUUCCUCAUACUUCCAAAAAGUAACAAUUGUUAUACAACAAUGAUUCAUGCCUGAAGUUAGGAAAACUGCAGAUGACUACUUUUUACGAGAGCAUCCAAGUUCUACAUACGUGUACAAUGAAGGAGAAAAUGUGUGCUAACAAGAAAACGAACCACUUUUCCUCUAUAACACAGCAGCUGUAGUAUAUUAGCUGCAAAUAAAAAGUGAAGUAAGGAGAAUUUGAAGUCUUCAAGACAGAGAAGGCGUAAGCAAAGUGCCUAUUCAUCAAAAUGCAAAGUAACAGAGACUGUAACAUUGUUCAAAGCCUGCAUCAUGUUUGUGUGGUCACCGUCCCAAGUGAAAUGAAGUCAAGUGCUGUACAAACCACACAUUUGAUCGUUCCACGUACAAGGCAGCACACAAAGCUCCGCCUCUGCCUUUACAUCGUUGCGUUGUUCAUAUUUUUCGAAACACCUAGUCCUCACUCAACGCUUCAUGUAGAGUUUGUGCUGCUCAUCCUUACAAGACUACUUUUUUUCUCGCAUAGAUUGUAUUUUUUUAAACUGUUUCUCGGGCAACUGCAGCUUUUCUCGUCAUUAUCUAUCGCCAUGCCGUCAAAAUUUCAUAAAAAUGGCAGCGUAGAAAACUAAACGCAGAUGACGACAUUCCAUGAUUUGCCUUCGAAAGCGACGCAGUCCUCUAUUAAUUUAUUUAGCGUGCAUGUGAGAUUCCUUCCAAAUGACACAUUUUAUUUUGUUAACCAUCAAGCUCUUGCACAUCCUGCAUCCUCUUUCACAGUUAUAACUCUGCUAAGGCAUUUCAAAAGGUGCGUAAAAAGAAUCGGUCAACAAUCUUUCUUACUGUAGGGCAUAUGCACAGCUCUGAUGUGCCUUAGCUGUUCCCAAAGCUCUCUGACAAUUUCUUCAUUACAUAUACACAUAUAUUUGAAAUGGACAUACUAUACUUGUAUCUUUUGUGAUGAAAAAAAAAGAACUAGCUACAAAAGACUAGCUACAAAAGAGGUCGUUUCACUCCACUGUAUGGCCUAUUUAAAAAUGUAAAUGCAUCUAAUUCCAACAAAAUCAUAACUCUUUGAGGGUGAUUUGAGCCACAUUAAGGGCGCUGCCCAUCAUGCGGAGCAUUUCGUUUAUGAGUAAUACAGUGAUGCAUGGGUUUGCAAAAUGAGCACAAGUUAAACUGGCUUGUACAUGCAUAGUGAUAAGUGACCAAUAAAAAACUGAAAAGCCAUGAGGGUAAUGGGAGUGAAAUGGCACAGCGUAGUUACAAAAAAGACAAAAAGAAAUACUAAAAGAAGUUUGGCUUCAGCAUCCCCACCCCGAAGCACGUUCAUAUGAAUAUACUGCAUGACAUCACUAAGAAGGCCAACAAGGUGUGUCCCUAAGGCGACCCUGGAGCUAACUGUAUGCAAUUGAAGUGUUUGCAAACUACAAAAUAUUUUCGAAAAACCACGCUCUGAUUGCAGGGAAAACCUGGGGUUGAUUAUUUCUAAUGCACGAGUCAAAAUGAGAACAUCCUAUGAAUUUUUGUUCCUUAUCCUUCUACGAUUCACUUACAUGCACAAAGCUCAAUUAGCCUGCUCAUGUUGGAAAUACAUUCAGUCUCAUAUGCAACUGAUGCACUGAGCCCAAGUAUACCUAAAUACAACCAAAUUCAAGCAAAAGUUACAAAAAAAAAAUUUUUAAUCUGUGACAACCAUCAGUUCAUUUCAGUACUGUUGAUUUUCUCGCAUAGGAGUUUGCCGAGUGUCAGGCUUUCAAUCUUCACGUCCAAACAUCCCUCAACUUAAUUACCACAAUGUGCAGUGUUAUGUGAGCAACCUUGAAGACAUAUUUUCAUACAUUCUUGCUCGUUCAGGUUUCGGCUGGCAGUGAGACAAACCAUCUAAUUACUCUCAUCCCGAUAUAUGCGCUUGAGUUAAUGGCUGCUGUUUGAGAAAUCUUUGGACAAAAAAAAAGAGAGUUUUAUAUCUACGUAUAUAUAUAUAUAUUUUCUGUUGUGCGUGUCUGAUGUCAAUUGAUAUUGUGUCACAAUGUGCCAUGACUUGUUGCACGGUGCUGGUGAAACAGCGCUACGUUCAACGCUAUUUUUUACUAACACUUUCCACAACGAUGACCCUAUCUUUGUCUAAGGUUGUGAAUGUUUGAAGCUUGAAGGAAACUACAACAGAACCAUUCUAUUGAAUUGUUUCUCACAUUUUGUGCAUGUUGUGAGAGAUCAUUAUAAAAAGACUUUCAGCUGAUUAUGAAAGGUGUAAUAAGCAACGAAAAACAAAACGCUACAAAAAUAAUACGUUCAAUGUGUCGCAAAGACGAUUACAUCGACAGUGUCACAGUGUUGGUGCAGAAAGGUGAGUCAAUAAUACUUUUCACAUUUGAGGCCCUUAUAGUGUUCUAUAGAACAGAAGAAGCACCUUUGAAGAAUGUAGAAAAUAAUCAUUUCUGUUGUCUUUUUUUUUUGCAUUGUUCGAAGCUGUUCAGUUCCUCUUGUGAACACAGAUGUCCAUUUUGCUAAUUAUUAGCUGUGUAUAUUAGUCGAUUUGGAAGUUUUGAAAUAGCUGCUUUAAUUGACGGCGACGAAUGAAUGUUUACUGGAAAAGAAAAAGUGAUCAUAUAUUCCUUUUACAUGGCACGUUCUGCUCACAAAAAUAAUGCCAGCCCUGAAACCUAACUGUCGUCGCUCAAGAAAGCCAGAAAAAAUUCACACUGGCUUUGUGCCUUGCCGUAACAUUUCUUCAUCGUCAUGCGUGUGUGCAUGUAAUGCCUUCUUGUGUUUGUGCAGCAGCAUGUGUAAAUAUACCUUCUUUUUUUCCAAAUGUGUACAUUAAAAAGAAGUCUUGUUUCA